AUGGCUGCGGAAGCUGUGAACUUACCCACUUCCCUUGACGACGUCAAGAUCACCCAACUCCCAUCUUCGGCCUUUUACAUUGCGGGAUUCAUAUCCGAAGAGGAAGAACAACUGAUAUUGCAAAAGAUUGCUGAUGCGCCGAAACCUCGCUGGAAACAACUGACUCAUCGACGUCUCCAAACCUGGCCGUCUGAUCUAGUUCAGAAUAAACUGAUUGAUUCUCCCCUGCCACAAUGGUUGCAAGAGCCCGUGGUCUCGCGAAUUCUUUCCUUACCUCGGACCACCGGUCCUGAUUCAUCACACCUCUUCGCCGAAAGUCCACACCACCGACCGAACCACGUCCUGAUAAAUGAGUAUCCUCCCGGAGACGGGGCUGCCUAUCAUCCAGUCGUGUGCACUGUCAGCUUGGGAGCAAGUCUAUGUCUCAAUCUCUACCAAAGCAGGGAGGACGGUGCGCUGGAUCCGGAGCCCGUUUGGCGCAUUCUACAAGAACCUAGAAGCCUCCUCAUCACCACCGAUAACCUCUACACCGAUUACCUUCACGGCAUUGCUGAUACCGAUGAAGACGUCGAGUUGUCCGCCGAGACUAUUGUGAAUUGGGACCUGCUGCGAUCCAAAGACGAGUUUGCCGCCGGCCGAAAUGUGCGCGCAACUAGAACCAGUCUGACGUAUCGUGAUGUCAUGAAGGUAUCGAAGCUCGGGGCCAAGUUUGGCUUGCUUGGGAAAAGGUGA